AUGCCGGAUCUUCCCACCUUGAUCUCCAAAGUAUCGGAUACUGUCGAACUUUCCGCCUCCACAUAUGGAGGGGGUGAGAAUCACUCCACUGCUGUCUACUUCAGUCCGGUCUGGAUCUCAUCACCAGAGCCAGCAGAUCACCCGUUGCUCGUAGUGUUCUUCCAGGGCAGGACGAGUGAAAUGUGGAAUCAGUCCACACUGGUCCAGCCUGGUCUGCUGUCGUCAAUGGUCGAAAGUAAAGAUCCUGCUGUGACCGCCUCUGUAACAGCAUGUUCACUUUCUGCAUAUUGGAGCUCUGGCAAGGCGCAAAUGCGCUACAACGAAGCAUUCACACUGGUCGAUACUGGCCAAUCAUCAACAAUGGAGCAAUCCGCACACCGGAAGAUCACGCUGGAUAUUGCUGGUGAUCACCCAAUGCAAAGCGCGAAGUUCUAUUCGGCCCUUGUGGGAAUACUCGGGACGACACAACUCGGCAGCUUGGGUCUAGAAGGUGCACUAGCUGCAGCUCUGGUGAUCUGGAUCGCCAAGGUACCAACGUCGGUAUCCAUGAAGAAGUCGAAAUGGCUGGAAGCUUCCUUUUUCUCUGAGUACCCACCGGAGGAAAACAUCGAAGACUACACCCCUUACGAGUUCUUUGCCACACAGUAUGGCUACGGCUAUGGGAUGCGAUCGACGUCUGUAUAUCUAUCCAUGACGGUGCUGCUUCUGUACUGUGUUGUCACUAUUGGCUACAUGCUAUAUACAUUCGCCACUGGCUCGGCCUCAACGGCUUGGAACUCCGGAGCUGAACUACUUGCACUUGCGCUCCAGUCCAAAAGACCAGAUCAUUUGGGUUACGUUGGCGUCGGAAUCGACUCCGCCAAGACUCUAAGUGAAAGCGUUGGAAUUUGA